ACAAAACCGGCGGUGACCUUUACGCCGGAAACAAUCAUUGUAAACACUGUGCACCUUUGGAGGUGAAAGCGUAUCCUCACAUAUAAAACAAAAAUGUCGAAAAACGUGAGAAUUGCAUUAGUAUUUGGAGGUUUUAUAACGGCUGUUGCCGCUGCGUUUUACCCCAUAUUUUUCUACCCGCUCACGCAUAAAGACGAGUACAGACAAGUCCAGAAGAUAAACCGGGCAGGAAUCAACCAGGCAGAUGUUCAGCCCGUGGGUGUGAAGAUAUGGUCUGAUCCGUUCAAGUCUACAGGCAAAUGAAGAGCAGUGACCUUUGACCUCUGAUGCUGUCAGAGCACGCCUUUUUUGAUGAGUGCUUGUUGCGAGUGUGAGUGAAUGAACAAUUUCCACAAUGUGUUUAAUUAUGGCUGUUAAGUGAUUCCUUAUCCUAUAAAUAAAAUGUAAAGUUUUAAAGCUUAAACAAGA